AUGCAACCGUGGCAGGUAGUGGACGUCGAAGGUUGCCUCUACUACGCCUUCCUCCCGACAAAUCAACCGCGAAAGCUCACGGAACGCGAGAAGAAACCGAGCGCCAAAUCCACCGACCAAGAACUUCCGAAAAACAGCAACGAAGACACGGAAGAGACUUUCAUGAUUCCAGCGGAAGACGAGACGACGGACGCUAAUUUGUGCUCGAUCAAGAUAAAAAAAGAGGACGUUGACGACGUGACAUCCACGAACGUGGAUCUCUACGACGACGACAAAGUGUACGCCUGCGAGGAGUGCAACAUUUGCUUCCCGGUGAUGCAGAUGCUGAAACGACACAGGAACGCGAUUCACGAGCAGGCUCAGCGUUACAAAUGCAAGGUCUGCUUCAAGAUCUGCCGCAGCCUGGUGGCGUUCAAGAUGCACGUAGCGUUGGAGCACAAAACCGAGCAAGAGGAGCUGAAAGACGCGGAGAGUUUGACGUACGCUUGCAACUUCUGCAACUACGAGAGCACCAACAAGUCCACGCUUCAUUCGCACAUCAGCAGAAAACACUCGACCAAGCGUAUCAGCAGGAGAAGAGGCAGCUACAGGUACACCACGGAGCCGGAGGAGUAUUCUUGCGACGUGUGCGAGUUCAAGUGUCAGAAUCGACGCAGGCUGAAGGAACACUUGGAGCGGAAACACGCGUCGGAGUACAAGUACGACUGCGAGUACUGCGGCAAGAAGUUCAAAGUGAAAGGCGACAUGAGGCUUCACGUGCGUUUCAAGCACAAAGAAGGGCCGAUAGUCUGCGACGUUUGCGGUAAAACCUGCUCGAACAGCAACUCGCUGUACGUCCACCAGAAAUGGGCGCAUUUCAAGCCGAAGUACGAGUGCGAAAUUUGUAAAAGACGCAUGGUCACGCAGGAGAACUUGGAUCAACACAUCUUGCUGCAGCACGAGAGGCGAGAGAGCUUCGUCUGCGAAGAGUGCGGCAAGUCUUUCACGGAGAAUCAUAGAUUGAAGCAGCAUAUGAUGACGCAUACGGGAGACAGACCUUACGAUUGUCACAUCUGCGGCAAGGCUUUCGCACGGAGGACAGCUUACAGGCAACAUUUGCUCAUCCAUACGGGGAAACGUCCGUAUAUCUGUGAUAUCUGCGGCAAAACGUUCACGCAGAAACCUGGCCUGAUCUGUCACCGGAAGUCUCAUCCUGGCGUUCAUCCUCCGCUUCCUGUCGUCCACAUAGAACACAUUCUCAGCGAUUUCAUGAAGAAGGAAUGA